CAGCGUAACCUUUGGCAAAAAGAACGUAAAUAGCCCACUUGGCUUGCUACUAAAUUUAAGUUGUACUAAGUUUAUUAUUUUCCGAAUUUGCAUAUGAAAUGGCUUGGUCUGGAAGAUUUCAUGCAAAAAGUAACCAUGAUCUUAUACAAAGUCUUAAGAGAUCAAGAGUAAUUAAAUCUGAUCGAGUUUAUGAAGCAAUGUCUGCUGUAGAUAGAGCAAAUUAUACUCACCCUAGCUAUGCAUAUAUAGAUUCUCCACAAUCAAUUGGUUAUGGUGCAACUAUAAGUGCUCCUCAUAUGCAUGCAUAUGCUUUAGAAAUACUUGAAGAUAAAUUACGCGAUGGUGCAAGAGCAUUAGAUGUUGGUUCUGGUUCUGGAUAUUUAACAGCAUGUAUGUCAAUGAUGUUAGGACCAAAUGGCUUGGCUGUGGGUAUUGAACAUAUUCCUGAACUUAAAUCAUUUGCUACCCAAAACAUUCAAAGGGAUAAUCCAGAGCUUCUUAAAAGUGGUAGAGUUCAAUUAGUUGUUGGAGAUGGAAGAUUAGGAUAUCCUGAGAAAGCACCAUAUAAUGCUAUUCAUGUAGGAGCUGCAGCUAAAGAAAUGCCACAAGCUUUAAUUGAUCAACUAGCUCCUGGAGGACGUUUAGUAUUACCGAUGGGUCCAGAAAAUUCAGACCAAACAUUGGUACAAGUUGAUAAGACAAUGGACGGAAAAAUUAUGAAAAAAUCGCUUACAAGCGUUGUUUUCGUUCCGCUAACAAGUAAAAGCAAGCAAUAUCCUUCAUGAGGUUCAUGCUUGCUCCAAUAAGUGAGCAGUUUUUCUGUUGUAAAUGUGAGUAAAAGAAAGUACUAAAUAAAGCACAUAACUUUAGCUGUAUAUUUGCAGUCGAUCGUUUUAAAAAUUGAAGAAAGCUUUAGAUUACAAUCAUUAUAUGUAAUACAAUCAUAAGUUUAAAACUUUUU